GUGUAAGUGUCAUUGAAUAUGACAUUUCUAGAAAUUUGGUUGAAUUUGCAUUGUUGAAAAACUGUAAACUAUAAACAAUUUUAUUAAAUUAACAUAACAACAGCAAUAAUUUUCAAAUAUGCCGAAAGUUAGACGAAGUAAAAAAGCACCACCAGAAGGAUGGGAACUAAUAGAACCUACUUUAGACGAACUGGAACAAAAAAUGAGAGAAGCUGAAACUGAAUCUCAUGAGGGUAAAAGAAAAAAUGAGUCUCUUUGGCCAAUAUUCAAGAUACACCAUCAGAAAUCCAGAUAUAUUUAUGACUUAUUCUAUAGGCGAAAAGCAAUUAGUAGAGAAUUAUAUGACUAUUGUUUAAAUGAAAAUAUUGCCGACAAAAACCUGAUAGCUAAAUGGAAGAAACAAGGUUAUGAAAAUUUGUGUUGCUUAAGAUGUAUUCAAGCUCGAGACACUAAUUUUGGUACUAACUGUAUAUGUCGAGUCCCAAAAGGAAAACUUGAAGAAGGUCGAAUUGUUGAGUGUGUCCAUUGUGGAUGUAGAGGUUGCUCUGGAUGAAUAGCUAUUGAGCUUCUAUUUAUGGUCAUUUAUAAUUUGAUAUAUGUAAAUAAAUAAUAUUAA